AAACACCUCCCCCUUCUCUCUCUAUCUCUUUCUCUUUCUCUCUCUUCAGGUUGGAGCUGAAAAUCGAGGAAGAAAGGCAGAUGAAACGUUGACCACCCUGAGAUCUAGCGAUCGUUCAAGGCGCUGUCAUCGCAUUGCGCACAGAGAAAUUCAUCCGUCGAAACCUCUCCUUCUCUGACGACUCCCCAGUUCUCGUAAGUUUUUCCGGUCGCGUCUCUCGUUCCAAUUCCAGAUCCGCGCAUCAAAGGUCCGAAUUUUCAUCUCGCAUUCGGCGUGAGUUUGGUCAUGGGCAGUGCUUACAAAGCUAUUUCGAAGAGCUCGUACGUGGAAUUGCAAUCUCAUAACGAUCAUGGGACCCCCCAAUCCGACGCCGAGUUCCUCCCCCUUGAUAUAGACAGCUACUUGGGUUCCAAGAAUGUGAAUGAUGUUUACGAUUACGAUGAUGCCAAUGUCGACGUGGACGAUUACCCGCUUAUCGGUAAUGGGCACAAAACUGGGUCUGGUGUAUCAGGUGCGGUGUUUAACCUCACAACGUCUAUAAUUGGCGCCGGGAUUAUGGCCCUACCGGCGACCAUGAAGGUUCUAGGAUUGGUUCUAGGGUUUGUUUUGAUCAUACUAAUGGGUAUGUUGUCGGAAAUUAGCGUGGAAAUGUUGGUGAGGUUUUCGGUUUUCUGCAAGGCCUCUUCAUAUGGGGAGGUUGUUCAACGUGCAUUGGGGAAACCGGCUAGGAUUUUGUCAGAAAUUUGUAUCAUAGUGAAUAAUGCCGGUGUUCUGGUGGUUUACUUAAUUAUCAUGGGUGACGUUCUUUCCGGCUCGGUUCGUCACAUAGGGGUUUUUGAUCAGUGGCUGGGAAAUGGGUUUUGGGAUCAUAGGAAGUUUGUGAUUUUUAUAAUCCUGGUGUUGUUCCUCGCCCCUCUUUGUGUUUUGGAUAAGAUUGAUUCAUUGAGCAUGACUUCGGCAGCUUCAGUGGCACUGGCGGUGGUGUUUGUUAUUGUUUGUUUUAUUGUUGCACUGAUUAAGCUCGUUGAAGGGAAAAUCGAGGCCCCGAGGAUGAGCCCUGAUUUUGGUUCCAAGAAGGCAAUAUUGGAUUUGCUUGUGGUGAUACCGAUUAUGUCUAAUGCUUAUGUUUGCCAUUUCAAUGUUCAACCUAUAUAUAAUGAGCUUGAAAACCGGUCUCCGGACAAGAUGUAUCGGGUAGGGAGGAUCACCACAGUUAUCUGUACUGUGGUCUAUGCUUCGACUGCUAUUUCGGGGUAUUUGCUCUUUGGAAAAGACACUGAAGCCGAUGUGCUGACCAAUUUCGAUAAGGAUCUAGGUAUCCGGUUCAGCUCCGCUCUGAAUUAUAUUGUUCGGGCUGGUUACAUUCUCCAUCUGGUACUUGUUUUCCCGGUGAUCCAUUUCUCGCUACGCCAAACGGUAGAUGCAUUGCUUUUUGAGAAAUCACCUCCACUCUCAGAGAGUAGGAAGAGGUGUUUGGCAUUAACUGCUGUACUCCUCUUGCUAAUAUACAUAGGUUCAACAAUGAUUCCCAACAUCUGGACCGCAUUCAAGUUCACAGGGGCGACUACAGCUGUCUCAUUAGGAUUUAUAUUCCCGCCAUUGAUUGCAUUAAGAUUAUGUAAGAAAGGUGUGGGUUUAAGUCCAGUGGAGAAAUCGCUAUCGUGGGUCAUGUUAGUACUUGCAGUAAUAGUCAGCAUCGUCGGAGUUAUUGGGAAUGUGUAUGGCCUUGAGAGCAAAUCAGAAUGACCUUAUCACUUUGGUUUUAUUUUAGCUAGUCGGUGACCUGGUGAAGUGCAAGUUCACGUAUGGACAGGUUCUUUGUGACCUGGUUGUCUCUUUGCCGGUCCGAUUUAGUGAAUUGAAUGGAUUCAGACAGUAGAUAGAUUUUUUGAGAAUGGUGCUUUUAUUGGUUGACCCUUUUGGUUGUUCCAUAUUGAGGAAUGUCAAAUGAACUCAUGAAUGACCGGAAUUGUGAGGGCUGUCCCAAUGUCCUUCGUAAUUGGAUCUGCUACAAUAAUUUGUAUUCUCGGAGCAGGAUUUAGAGAUUUACACGUUUCUGGAAGGAUGUUUGGGGAUGCAGUGUAUAAUAUACAAAAUGGAUUGCCACAUGUUCUGGUGGAAAUUCACAUAAUUUCACAGAAAUUUUAUAGUUCUGCUUGUAUAUCGGGGUAGGCAUCUGCCACAGUGAUUAAGUGAUGCUCCACUUUAUGUUUCUUCACUUUUGUUGGAAGCUUUUUCUUGGUUCUGUAUAUAUUUGUUCCCUUACCGGGUAUGUUAUCAAUCUGCUUACUAGCGAUGGAUAUAUUCACAA